CCAUUUCCUCCUCUGUACCAUAGGGUGAAGAGCAGCCCUAUUCUCUGGAGUUGUUGUCAGAAUUCACUGAGGAGUACACCAAACGUUUAGGAGACUUACUGAGUGUCCAGAAUGUGCCGGUUACUAUUAUUAAAGAGUUUUUCUUUCUACCUACUAGAAAAUCACAGAAAUAGCACAACUCAGAAUAUACUUACUUGGGAAAUUCCUGUGUCAUCAACUUAAAGAAUAUGAACACUUUCUGAUCCAAAAUUGGGACACUGGCUUGACAAGUGUAAAUGUAACUUGCGGCGAUGGGACAUAAUAUUUCAAAGGAGGACUCUUUUAGCAAUCCCACGAGCAAACAAAUCAACAAGACCUCUAUGUAACUACAUUUUAAAAUCUCUGUUUUUAAAAAAAUUUUAAGUGCAAGUGCGAAAAUGACUCUUAUUGACUGUGAAGGGAGGACUGCACCUUUUAUUUAUAUUGCACAAACAAAAAAAGCAUCUGGGCUUCAUGCAUCAUUUUCUGAUCAUUUUCUGAUUUAGUUGGAGAAUUAUUACUUGAUAACAAGAAGGGCUGAGCUUCCUUUUUCAAAAUCUCAUGCCAUUUAUCUUAAUUCUGGUGCAUCUGAUAAGAACUUCCUCUAGAGCCAGGAAACUUUGCAAGUAUGAAAUAAUCUGAAAGGAGGACGUAAAGAAGGAAGUAACUGACCAAAGCAAAAAAGAGGAACAUCAAAGCAGGUUUAACCAAAAGAACAGAAGGGAGCUUGGCACAGCAGUCUCAAGGUGUCUGGAUGGCAGAUCGUUCAACCUUCUCUUUCUUGAGUUGUCUACUCUGCCAUUAUCUUCCACUCAUUUCUGCUUCAUUUUGUGAUUCAUUUAUAGAAAGGGAAGUGGAGUCGAGUAAAAUCCCCCCCGACAUCGUGCAAGUGUACAUUAAUGAUUGUACUGUAAAAAACAUCACAUACAACAAGAACGAUCUUCAAAGACUCCGUUUACUCAUCCUCUCCUCUAAUUGUAUCAGGACUUUGCCAAAUGAUGUUCUUUCACAUCUGAAAAAGAAAUGCCUGAAAGAGCUUCCAAGAUUCCUUCUUAACUCUACCCUACAAGGAAUUACGCUGGUCUGCACCUGUGAAUUCAUUAAGGGCCACACCACACUACUAAACACUGCUUGUGCAGAAAUGUUGAAAAGCUGUGGAAAUACUUCAGUGGCCGUUUCUAUAGGACUUUCCCUUCUUUUACUGUUGUUGAUCUGUGGAAUUGGGUGUGUUUGGCACUGGAAACACCAUAACCCAGUGCAAUUUACCUUACCAAGGUUUUUGCAGAGGAGAAGCAGCAGGAGAAAAGACUAUGCUAAAACGCUCUCAGAUCCCCUCACUGUCAGCUCAAGGCAUAAAAUCUCAGUUCAGACCCAAGACUAUACAUCUACUGGGAGAGGGGUUAACAUGUAUGACAACUAUGAAAAUGUGGAAGUCGGUCCUCCCAGAGCUAAAGAAGAAACUGAUAAGGAACUAUAUGAGAACACUCGGCCCACCAAUUUCGAGGAGCAUAUCUAUGGAAAUGAGACAUCAUCUCAAUAUUACAACUUCCAGAAGCCUAGCACUUCUGAAGUCUCUCAAGAUGAAGACAUAUAUAUUCUUCCAGAUUCAUAACUUUUCAAAACACUGGGUUCAGUUAUUAGAGGAUAAAUAUUCACUGGGACUUUUAUUGUACUUAUGCCAUUGUUAAUCCUGUUCUUCGAGUGAAACUCAACGAUCUUUUGUCUGUCUCCACCCUUCUGAACCUUCUCUCUGUGUAUCACUGUGGGUUAAUUCCAGGGAUCCCCUUUACCCUCAUUUUGCUUGAUUAAUUCUGCAUUGUGUUAUAUUGAUUCUUCCUUCUGUUACCUGUUAUCUUUUUCUUUUAUUUCUCUCUCUACCAUCUUUUCUGGCUCAAGAUUGCUGUCAGUCUCCUAACAAGUCUUUCUGGCUCUAGUGUCUACACAUUCACCCAUGAUGUUGCCAGAUUUAUCUUCAGAAAAUAUUUCGAAUGCUGCAUCACUCCUUUGCUGAAACCUCUUAGUGUCUCCUCUUUGCAAACGACAUACUAUUUAUAAUUUUUUUUAAUUUUUAAAAUGUUUUAAAUUUAUUUUUGAAAGAGAGAGAGAGACAGAGUACAAGUGGGAGAGGGGCAGAGGGAGAGGGAGACAGAAUCCACAAAGCAGGCUCCAGGCUCUGAGCUGUCAGCACAAAGUCCAACACGGGGCUCAAACCCGUGAACCACGAGAUCAUGACCUGAGCCGAAGUCAGAUGCUCAACCAACUGAGCCACCCAGGUGUCCCAAUGUACUAUUUAUAAUCUAACUCUAGGACUUAUGAUUUCCCACAGUUGGUUCCAGUUUACUUUUCCAGUGACUCCUAGUAAUUUCUCACUUGACUGCUUUCCUCAUAAUCAUAUGAGAAUUGCCAGACCCAUCCCUCCUCCAUGGCUUUGUUGAUGUGCCCCCUUUCAAGCCUGCCUCAUAUGGUAACUUCUUCCACAUGUCUUCUGAGUUAUUCCAAACCUGCCUUUACCUUUUUCUUUUCUUAUUUCCUAUAGAUUUUUCUGCCUGUUUAAGUCUCUGGGAAUUCAAACAUAUGAAUGUUUUCUAUGGCAUUUUACUAUUUAAUGUCAUAUGAGAAUGUCUUAAAUUCCUUGCUAAGUAAUAAGGAAGUGCCUCAUAUUCAUAUUUUAAAUCCAGUGCCUAGACCAUUAUAUGAAGCAAUCAGUAUUGGUCAAUUGACAAGAAUUAAGGUGUGUAUUUUACUCAGCAGUUUGGAGAAAAAUCUAAUAAAUUCAUUCAUUCAAGAAAUAU